AUGGCCUCAACGAACGGUGUCAAUGGACUUCCCCACCAGAAACCUGCGCUGCCUCCUGUCUAUAUUGUUGCGGCGGCACGAACUCCUGUGGGAUCAUUCCUAGGAUCACUAUCCGCACUGACCGCUCCCCAACUCGGUUCCCACGCCAUCAAAUCCGCCAUUGAGAGAGUACCGGAGAUCAAGCCUCAAGAUGUUCAAGAAGUGUUCUUUGGCAAUGUCCUAUCGGCGAAUCUUGGGCAGAACCCUGCUCGUCAAUGCGCACUCGGUGCCGGCCUCGAACCCUCAACUGUAUGCACGACCAUCAACAAAGUAUGCGCUUCCGGAGUCAAGGCUAUCAUUCUCGGCGCGCAGACCAUCAUGACAGGCAAUGCGGACAUCGUUGUGGCGGGUGGCGCAGAAUCCAUGUCCAACUGCCCUCAUUAUCUUCCCAAUAUGCGGGGCGGAGUCAAGUUCGGGAACCAGACCUUGGUGGAUGGCGUUCUAAGAGAUGGCCUGACUGAUGCAUAUGGGAAACAAGAACACAUGGGACUUCAGGGAGAAGAGUGCGCCCAAGAUCACGACUUCAACCGUGAGCAGCAGGAUGAUUACGCCAUUCAAUCGUACCAGAAAGCACAAGCCGCUCAGAAAGAUGGACUAUUCGAUUUCGAGAUUGCUCCCAUUCAACUGCCUGGGGCACGAGGCAAGCCGGGCGUCACAGUCGAUAAAGACGAUGAGCCCAAGAAUCUCAAUGUCGACAAGCUCCGCUCCAUAAAGCCAGCAUUCAUUCCCAACACCGGGACGGUCACUGCACCCAACGCCUCGCCCUUGAGUGAUGGCGGCGCGGCUGUUGUGCUUGUUUCAGAAGCAAAGCUAAAGGAGCUCAACAUCAAGCCGUUGGCAAAGAUUCUAGGCUGGGGCGACGCUGCCCAGGAGCCCAACAAAUUCACCACUGCGCCGGCGCUCGCCAUUCCCAAGGCCUUGAAACACGCUGGCGUCAACCCGGAGGAUGUCGACGCCUACGAGAUCAACGAAGCCUUCAGCGUUGUGGCACUUGCCAACAUGAAGUUGCUGAACUUGACCGCUGACAAGGUCAAUCUUCACGGCGGAGCGGUCGCUCUCGGACACCCUCUGGGUGCCUCAGGCGCAAGGAUUGUCACCACCUUACUGGGCGUCUUAAAAGCGAACAAAGGCAAGAUUGGCUGUGUCGGUAUCUGCAAUGGCGGUGGCGGAGCCAGCGCACUGGUUCUCGAAUCCUUAAUGUGA